UAGAUGCUUUUAUCAAUUGCAAACGAACCAAAGACAAAGGGAACAUAAUUUUACAAAAAUUCUUCCAAUUUCCAUGCAAAUAUUUGUUCCUAGGAAAAAAAAAAUUAUUUGGGCACAUCACACUUCUUCCGUUUCGGAAGUAAACGAAAUGACUUUACUACUGGAGGCCCGUUAACCGAGAGGAGAAUGAUUGCAUUUUUGGAAGGACCAAACAAAAUCAGAACAAGGACUGGAAAAAUCAAGAUGCCAGCUUGUCAUGACAGGAAAUAGCAAAAAUGAAAAUAGCUGUCCUUAUUUCUCCCAGCCUUCGAGUCCCUUCCUCUCUGUUUUCACAAAAUCAUCUCAGAAAAAAAUAUUUUAUUAAUUACUAUUACUUAGAAUCAAGCUCGCAAUCGAAACCCUUUCUCGAAAAUUGUAAUAUACAAGUUGAUGAAAUAGGAAAUACUUAUUAGAACUGUAAUAAGAAGGAUCAACAAAGAUCGUUAUUGAGGAUGGCUUGUAGAGGAUGCUUGGAGUGCUUGUUGAAGCUCUUGAACUUGUUGAUGACUCUUGUUGGUUUGGCAAUGGUUGGAUACGGGAUCUACUUGUUUGUUGAGUACAAAAAAGCUGCGGAUACAGCCAUGCUUUUGUCCUCUGUGGGCAGUGAUCAAGAUUUGGUACAGCUUGGUCGGCCCAUGCUCAUGGCUGUGUCUCUUUCGUCUGGUAUUUUUGAUAAUCUACCAAAAGCAUGGUUUAUAUAUUUAUUUAUUGGAGUAGGUGUGGUUCUCUUUGUUAUCUCUUGUUUUGGUUGUAUUGGAGCUACAACGCGGAAUUUAUGCUGCUUGACUUGUUAUUCGGUGUUGGUGAUCUUGUUGAUCUUGGUGGAGCUGGGAUGUGCAGCUUUCAUAUUCUUCGACAAAAGCUGGAAAGAUGAACUGCCUACGGAUAAAACAGGAGAUUUUGAUAUGAUAUAUGAAUUUCUGGAAGAAAACUGGAGUAUUGCCAAAUGGGUUGCUCUUGGAAUUGUUAUCUUAGAGGCUCUCAUUUUCUUGUUAGCCCUUAUGGUUAGGGCUGCCAAUAAACCUGCUGAUUAUGACAGUGAUGAUGAGUUCAUUGCACCAAGGCAACAAAUCAGACAGCCUUUGAUCAACAGGCCACCAGUUCCAGCUACAGGUGUACCUGUUGCUGGCAGCCUUGAUCAACGGCCCAGCAGAAAUGAUGCUUGGAGUACACGUAUGAGGGAAAAGUACGGGCUGGAUACAUCUGAGUUCACAUACAACCCCUCGGAGUCAAGCAGGUACCAGCAGGUUGCCCCACAACCAGCAGAAGAAAGGAGCCGUUGCACCAUUAUGUGAUGAAAUUCUGGGUUAUGUGGAAAUCUUGAUUUGGUUGGCUUAUGAAGACAAUUCCAUUGACCAUAGAAUGACAACUUCAGAUUUUUCAGAUGACAGUCUUAUUUAAUUUUUUUUGUUGAGUUUGUGGUGGACAAUACACAAUUUUCAGGAGCUUUCUGCGUUCCCUUCAUUGAUUUCUUUAGAGAACAAAUGUUUUCCAAAUGCAUAACCAUUUUGUGUGUAAAACUGGGCCGUUGCAUUUUUUCUCUUAUUUUUCUUGGCCUGUCAAAAAGUUGAAACAAUUGAUCCUUCGAAAACAAUGCCAAGUCGAGCAUUCUUGUCAGAAUCAAACCGACAAAUCACUUCUAUCCUUUGGCCUUUGAAUAAUGAAUACUUUUUCAAACCCGUGCUAUAGCGUAUCGGGGUUUCAUGCUUUCUUGUGAACCAAUGCUAGCCAGGCUCGAUUUCCUUUUUGGUUUAACCGAUGGAGCCAACAUUCCAGAUUUGAAAACGAUGAUGAUCACCGUGAUGAAGUGAGAAGUAGCGGAAGAAAGAGCCCCAAAAGAGCAGUCAACAAACGCCCCGUCAUUUUCCAUGCCCUCGAAAUUGAUUUCUUAACACACAACAAUAGUUGGUUAAAGACGGUGAGUGCAUGUCCUUUUUCACUCUUCUUUUUAUGGUGUCCCCAUCACUGCCCCAAAUCUUGAUUCAACCGUUCCUUCUCCAAUCUCCUGUGGUCCAAACCCUCUAAAACAUUUCAAAACAAAACAAAGUGAUCCCCAAAAAUGAAGCUCUCACUUUCAUCGCAUUUUAUACUCCUUGGGAAAAAGACACUGUCAAUGUGGGUUUGAUGCAGGCUUAUUUUGUGAUUGUUUAUGGGUGGGUUUUGCGUAAUACACCUUUCAUUACAAACCACCAUGACACAACAACUUCUUCUUGAUUGGUCAGUUCCAAGAACAUCUUCAACAUUCCUAAGAACAUCUUCAACAUUCCUAAAUCCUCCAAUAGCGUGAUUUUUGUUUGUCUAUUUCAAUUAAGUUGAAGGUUUU